AGGGUUGGAACAGAGGGUAACAUAAGUUAUUAGAAUCAUGUUUAUGAACUCGUUUUCCUCACACUAACUCUUUACUCAUCCUUGAUAUCCUCCAAGUUAAUACUCUGUAUCCACAUCCUUUAAUCCUAUAUCCGUCAGGUUCAUAUUCUGUAUCCAACUCUAAACACUACCAUGUAAGGAUUUAUUAAAAAUGAAUAUCUAGCAUCUACUGGAGCACGGGCGGGUUCGUUUAUAAUUAUCUCCGGAGAUCUAGGAACCUUCUUAGAUCUUGGAUUAGCUCCAACUAUCAGAUUCAAACCUGGAAGUAGUUUUUAAGUGUAAAAACUAAAAAAAAUUAUCUUGAGAUAUACUUUUUUAUUUACAGAGAAGAUGCACCAAAAACAAAGCUUUAAAGGAACUUUUGACAAAGCAAAUGAUAGAGAUGAUUUUUCUAAAUCUGAAACUUGAUCAUUUUUGAUUUCGGUUACUUGAGUUUAGAGAAUGUAACUCUCAAAAUGAAAACACAUGAAUAUUAUAAGAAAUAAAUUAAAGUGAUUAAUGAUUAAUAAUAUAUCUAUUUUAAAGACCAAUUGUAAGAUUGGAUCUAAUCUAGAAAUUCUGACUUUGUAGAAGAGGUUGGAUUUGAUCUCUAUUGUGGGUGUAAGGUUAAUCUAUUUCUAUUUACAUAUAAGAUAUUGUUUACAAUUUACAAUAAAGUUCUGUUAAAUGUAAAUGAAAGUGAGAGUAAAGUUAAGGACUGCAUGAGAGCUCAUGUUUUACAUCCGAGCUUUCAGGGAUCAGCAAUAACAUGAUAUAAUUUCCGAUAAAAAUGGUUGUUUGUAAGCAAAGAACCGGUUUGUGAUAUGUUAGUUUGACCUGAAUUAACCCCGUUGUAGGAAGAGUGAAGAGAGGCACAUGUGUGUGUGUGUGUGAAACACAGGGUUCAGGGAUCAUACAUUCAAGGUUAGCAUACAAGGAAACCAGGAAGCGGAGGAACGAUUGGCUGAGAGCGCGCUGUAUCCUAGCUCCGCGCAUGGGAGCGCGCUCUGACCUUGGGUGACGGCUGAAUCCCCUCUCAGUUUCUUAGUCUUGUAUUGAGAUGAGGAGAGGAGAGAGUGCGACAUGUUUCUUAUGCAAAGAUCAAUGAUAGAGCCUGGUGUGCGCUACCAUGCACCACUACAAGGUGAACCCAUCACUUCACAUAUCACACUCGAGGCUGCGGUCGACCUCACAAUCAAAUCUGAGAGAUGGCGACCUCACUCUGCAGAACAGAUGGACCACGAGGAUGCGGAGUACAGCGACUCCGAAACUCCUCUCGAUAUGUCCGUCACAGCCACCAGACUUACUCCGGUGUUCCCGGGGUUCAGCCGGGAUCAUUCUCCAGCCAGGUCGGACAGGUCGGAUAUGCUGACCAGGCUCCCUGGUCUUUACUCACCAGGAUCAGGGUUCAGGGAUUGGAGCACGGAGCGUAGUGAAUCUGUCAAAGAUGAUAUCCCGAAAGAUGGUUGCCAUCUGUGCGGAAUGCCGAGAUCUGAAAUGGCAGCUCACGAUCACACCGAGGGUUCCUGUAAUCAGCGUCCUAUCUCCUGUACUCUCUGCUCCAAAAGUUUCACUCUAUGGACCCAUUACGAAACCCAUAAGAAGUGUCACCAGAAGUUGAAGCAGAGACAGUACCCCUGUCAAUCCUGUGGAAAGAUUUUUACCUCAGCUAGUAACAGAAAUAUGCAUCAGAGAAUCCACAAGGGAGUUCGUCCCUUUCAUUGUAUUCCUUGCGGAGUUUUCUUCAGGCAGAAAGCGCAUCUUCAGAAGCAUCAACGAACUCAGGGGCAUAUCCAGGCAACAGAACUGUAUGAGAAGAAGAGGGUUGAAGGAUUGGUGAGGGAUCAUCAUGUUCCCAAGGAGGAGAUGGAGGAAUCAGAAACACAUUCUGAUGACAGUGAUCCGACCCUGCACUCAUCAGCUUCUUCUAUGAAUGACGAGGAACUCGGUUCCGGAGAUAUUUCUAAAUCUAGUCCAAAGAGAAAACAGAGUCAUCCACAGCAGAGUAUUCAUCAGUUCAUCCAAGGGGAUGAAGAUGAUGAAGAUGAGGAUGAGGAUGAGGAGGAGUAUGAGAGAAAUUUCGGUCGGAGAGAAGACCUUAUCCGGAGUAAUAUUGAGUACAACACAAUAAACCAAGGAUACGACUGUAAACAAUGUGAUUUCAGUUCUGAGGAUCACGCUGUAACGAGGGAACAUGUCAGUCUUGAUCAUAUGAGGGAUACCGCUGAGCUGCAGUGUAAGGAGUGUAUGAUCACGUUCACUAAACCUUUCAACCUUCAAAUACAUAAUAGGAAACAUGAAACUUCAAGCCAGUUCCUCCCUUGUGAGUUUUGUGAGCAAGUAUUCAAAGUUCCGAACAAGUUGAUUAAGCACAUGGAGGGCGUUCAUUCUGUUUGUCCAACUUGUGGAACUAAAACCGAGGAUAAAUCCAGUUUACAGUCCCACAUAGAGAAAGCACACAAUGAGAUGAGGAGAGGUAUUCAUGUUAACAUCCAACAUCUCUCCAAUAUAUCGUCCCUACUCCCGGCUAAACAUCGGUUUGACAUCGAUAGUAGGACGGCUAAGAUGAGAAAACUGGAUUCAUUAGCAGAUCACAUCAGAGCAAAACAGCUUCAGAAUGCAAACGGGACGAAUGUUGUCAAUGGCAAUGAACCAUUAACACCUCAAGAAUCCUUGAUCCGGUUGAAAUCUGAACACCAAAUCAUCCGAACCCACGAGAAGCAUGAGCCAGCUCAUCAUUAUUCCAAACCAGGUUUGGAGAGUCUAGUCACACAGCUCCACAGAGUUCACACUGGAUCUAAUCCGUUCCUGAAAUCAGAAAACAACAAUAUCUUGUCAAGUAUAUCCAAGAUGUCGGAGAUGUCGGAGCGAAGGCUUUACAUAGAUCAGACUGAGAUACACAGAGAGGAGGAAGAAUUAUCUCCUCCCUGCUCCCCUCCCACCUCGGAUGCCAGGAUCACAUCUAAUGUAAUCUUGAUCAAUAACAACCAUGCAUGUGAGUCGGACGACUCCAACGAGACAGGUCUUGACCUCACUUUAAAGAAGGAGAAACGCAACGAGGAUGAAAACGAGGUUUCCACGACGGAGAAUCACACUGAGGGUUAUUUCCGUUCCCAAAUCAUCACACCAUCCUUUCCCUAUAUAGUUCCAAACCUACCAUUCCUGACUAGAAUGCCUAUUUCCCCGCUUCAACACCAUAACAACUCCUUCACAGAGCAUUUAAUGAAAUUAGCCUCUAUAUCCCGACCCUCUGCUCCUAGUGCUCCUCAGGACCUGAGAAAACCGGUGAAUAGUACAGCAGGACAUCAUACCGUUCUCUCAGCUAUGCUGGGACACCGGCCUCCGGUUCAAUCCCCGGUAUAUCCCGUCUUUAGCAACGGCCUCCCAGCCUCUAUAUUUCCCCAGCAUCCUCUUCCUCUUAGACCUGAAGAUACUUCAAGUAGUCCUUCUCCUUCAAUAGUUUCCUCUGGUUCCGGGUUGGAGUCAAAACCUUUCCGGUGUAGUUACUGUCCGAAGGUUUUCGGUCAUCUCUCCUCUUUGGAGUCCCACGUUGAACGUCUUCACACCAAUGAAUCCAAACAUCACUGCGAAACCUGCGGAAGAGCGUUUUCUUCGAAAUCCAACCUGACUGCACACAAGAAAAUACAUACAGGAGAACGUCCCUUUGAGUGCGCUGUCUGUCAGAAAAAGUUCCGACAGAAAGCGCACCUUCAGAAGCAUGAAACUACACACAGUUCCGCCACUCCGUAUCAAUGUCCUCAUUGCGACAAGGCCUUUGGUCAUCCAUCCAACCUCAAUACUCAUAUAGCAACACACAGUGAUGUUAGACCCUACGAGUGCCGAGACUGCGGAAAAGCGUAUAAAGACUCUGCUAGCUUUAAGCGUCACAGACUUGUUCACUCUGGAGAACGUCCCCACACCUGCUCCGUCUGUGCAGAGUCUUUCAUCGACUCUAAGUCCUUAAAAAGACACAGAGAGAUUCAGCAUCCAUCCGAACCUAAUCUUGAUAGGUUUGAUGAUGAGGUAGACGGAGAAGAGGAUGAAGAACUGAUUGAACCCGGUCACGAGGAACAGUUUAUCCCUGUGACCGUUGUUCCACCAGAGCAGAAGAAUGAGGAAGUAGAGAAAGAUGAUGAUCUUGCCAGUAACGAAGGAGAUUUAGAAAUUGCUGAAACCUCAGCCGACUCCGGUAUCAACUCAAGUAUGGAGCAAUCCAUAAACCAAUCCUUGUGAGAGCAUUAAUGAAACCUAAUCUAGUCUAGAGCAAAGACAAGUUCACUAAACCUGGUGCAGGUCAACUUCCCUACUAAGGGUUGUAAUGUGAUAAACACGGUGAAACCACAGAAGACCUCUAUAAAGUGAACACACCCAACUACAAAUGUAUUUCAUGGGCAAUUCUUAGUUGUAAGAAAAGGUUUUACUUGAACCUGUUUGAGAAGAGUUCUGAACUUGUGAUAAAUAAACUUAUAUUAACUGUAUUUUCAUCUUAUCCUCUACCCAGAGGAUAUAUUGGGAUUACGCGGCAUUAUACCUUUAGUUCCAGAUCAGGGACAACCUUGCAUUUUUCCUUUAAAUAGUAUUUUUGUUAAAUAUUUUGUUAUUCGUAUGACAUUAAAAGUUUCUAGUCGAUUUAUUGUAUAGAAAAUAUUAGAUGUGAUUUAGAUUAUAUUUGCAGAAAUGUUUUUCUAUAGACAACAUUUUUCUUACUUUACCUCUAGUGCCUACAUUAUAAAACUUAACAUUUCAAAACAUUUAUUUUUUUAUCGAAAGAUGUUGUUUAUAAAACAUUUCUGUUCUACUGUCCACUAAUGACUGAUAAACCAUUACUUUCAGUCUCACUGUACCAAGUUGUGAACGUAAACCAUUUUUGCCGAAGACGCUUGUACUUACAUCCGUACAUAACGGCAACUCUUGUACUUACAUCCGUACAUAGCGGAGACGCUUGUACUUACAUCCGUAUAUAGCGGAAACUCUUGUCUUUAUAUUUGUACAUAGGGUAGACUCUUGUACAGUAAUACUUACAAAAACAGCCGUACAUAGAAGAGACUUUAGUAAGGACAUCUGUACAUAAAGUAAACUCUAGUACGGAAAUUCUAAAUUAAGAAGACUCUUCGUAAAACGGUCAAACGUAAAUAGCGGAGGCUUUUGUAUGGUGAUAAAAAAUCGAUAAUAUUCAUACAGAGUUAAUUUCAAUAUUGUUUCUUUAGAAAUAAUAUAAUUAAAUGAUUGUGCAAGUUCUGGUGAUGGUUUACGUACAUAUUCUUUGAUAUAAACUCUGCAGAGGAAAGUACAAGUUGAAAAUAAAGUUGCUCAAACAUA